GUUUGUGAAGAGCAGCAAUGUCAAGAAGAGGUGUUUGCGCUGGCAAUGAACUACAUGGAUAGGUUCUUAUGUACAAUAGCUGUUAAGAAAACUCAGUUACAAUUAUUAGGCACUGCCUGUCUCUUAGUUAGUUCCAAACUUAAAGAAACAAUUAUACUUCAAAGUAAUGUGUUAGUAGCUGCUACAGAUUCAAGUUUUAGUCUCCACGACUUGCAGCUAUGGGAAUCUUUGGUCCUGUCUAAGCUGAAAUGGGAUAUGGCUGCUGUUUUGCCUCAUGAUUUCAUAUAUUAUUUAGUCAGACGAAUAGACAAAGAUUUACUGUACGACUAUUCCAAAGUUCAGAAACAUGCCCAUUUUCUUAUUGCAAUGUGUGUCAGAGAUUUUAAAUUUAGUGUAUUCUCUCCUUGCGUGAUUGCCAUUGGGUGUAUUACAGCUGCGUUAGAUGGACUAGAUUGGCUCCGACGGAGAGCGUGGACUAUGACUGCUUUGAAUGAUAGGUUUUCUCAAAUCACAGGCAUAAACAAGAAUAUCAUUCAAAAUUGUACAGAUGCAGUCCAAAGCAUGGUUGCGGCUUCAAUAUCAAAUUAUGUUGCAAUGAAAUGUCAGAACCCUGAGGAGAAGUCUCCAGAUUUGACCACUUUUCCUGCCACUCCUCCUGAUGUUGCUGAUGUCAGCCAUUUGAAUUUCUAACAAACUUUCAUGCUCCUUGUACUUCGACUGUUACACAGCAUGCUAUUGCUAGAGAUUCAAUCGGUCACUUUUUUUUAUUUAAAUUGAAUAAUUCCCCAUUUUCUUCCCAGAUGUUUUUACCUACAGUUGUAACAUCACAUUUUGAGGAAAUGUGGGCGACAUCAACUCGGUGCGCUUUAUUUCAGCCUGUAUGCAUUGUUGCGAGUUUCAUUCAUGACCCUUGGUGAAACGAGGCAUUUCAGAUCUCUAUGGGAAGAUGUAUUCCUACCAGAUUUAACUUUAACCAGAUUUGACUUUUACCAGCUUAAAUUCAACUUGCUUUUAAUCUAUUCUUUCAUAUAACAAUUUUUUCCAUGAUCUAUGACCUCCAAUGGCAGGUCAGCCUAGCCUUCAAACAAAUGCAAAGUAGCAUAGCAGUAUUAAGUUGAAGAACGUUUAAUCCCAUUUUUUAAUUUAAAAAAAAAGAUUUGUGCAGUUAUUUUUAUGUCUGAGUUCCUAGUACCUGAUUUUGGUUUUGGUUUAUACAAAACCCGAAAUAUUCGCUAAUUUGCCUUAUUGUAGUUUAAAUGUUUUAAAAAAUAUUAGUGUUCUAGUUUCAGGGUAGGGCAGUUGGGGGAAAAAUUAGAUACUGAUUGGUUGAUGGCACCCUCGUGUUAGUGUGAACAUGCAGCAGGAAACAGGGGUGUUUCUCCCAGGAUGAGGAGGGUCCCCCCCUAAGCUUUCCCAGCAAUUUAUUUUAAAAACCUCUUUGCCUUUGUAGUGCCAGUCCUAACCUCAACGCAUCUAUGUGUUGCCAAAUUUUUCUUAUGGCAGGCUGGCUCUCCUCAAGGAAUUGUGCAACCCUCCAUUCCUCUCUUCACUGUAGUCGGUUACCUUUCCUUUUUAUUUUUACCAAUUGUAUGUAUUUGGUAAGUUACUUUUGCUCUAAUUUGUAAAUAAUAUUGUUAGAGAGUCUUAAGUUUCUGUACCAAUCUUUCUUGUUAAAUCCCUCUCAAAUGACAGUAGCUUUUCUCAAUUCUUUCUUUCCAUGUCCAGUCGUUAUGGUAUCUGCAAAUUUUUCCAGCAUUUCGCACAGUAGUUAUUUUUAGCUCUUGAAUAAUUCCAUCAUUUUUCAAGAGAAUAUAACUCCAGUGAAUUUUUUAUUAUUAUAGACACAUUAAUUUUAUAUUGAACAUUGAAACAUUUAACGUCAAGGGCCCAGUGUUUGGAAAAACAUGGGAUCCUUGAACAGUCAGUUAAAAGUUGUCCUCUGAAAGGAAUACCUAUUGCACCUAAAAUGAGCGUUCCACUAAUUUUAGGGGCCAAAGUGCACAAAAAGUGUCAGUCAGAUAAGAAAAUUCCAGGAUUUUGCAUUGUUUAAACAGUCUCCUUACAAAUUUGGGCAACGUAUGACCUGAUUUCUGUAACUAUGUAGAAGGGAAUAAUUCUAAAAUGAAAUCUCUGGCGCCUAACAAGACUUUGGUUUCGGUCAAGGAUGCAGAAAGUUUUUAGCUUCAUUUUCGGCAUUAGCCUUUCCAUUUAGUGUUUUCUUUGACUUCUCAAGAACUGUCACUUACCCCGAUUUUCACUGUUAAUUUAAUCAAUAUGCAUUUCUCUCUCUAAGCUCUGCUUGGCUCUCGAUCUCUCUGACCGCCUGCUCAUUAAUGAUAAUUAAUGAGCAUGUUGCACAAUAAUCAGAAUUACCAGAAAUUAAGUAAAAAAAUUGGGUACCUGCAUUUUCCAGUGUUUCAUGUAAUCAAAUUGUAGCUGAGAAAAUGACCCUCAAAUCCCUGAAAAUCCAACUACAUUUCAAACAAAAAUAUAUUGGGCCAAUAGAUGUUGUGAUUUUACAUGAAGAAUUUACCACUGUUUAUCUGUUUGUCUGCAUUUGUUAAUUCUUUUUCUAGUCCCAAUCGUAACAAGAGGUUAUGUUUCCUGACAGUGCUUGCGACUCUUUAAAAUCAUACAAGCUCUGAAGAUCAAAUGAGAGUAUCAUGUAGCGCAGGCGCGGGUCAUAUGGUGGCCAUGUUACAUUGGAUCCACGAUAAUCGAAACCAUGGCCUUUAGCUUCAUGUGAUGUCAUGAGCUUCAGGUCAACAAGGAACAUUAUUUUUACCAAUACAAUUGUAAGCAUUAUUUUUAAGCCCAGAAAGCUUUUUUGAGCUUCUUUAAGCAUGAAAAUGCUUUUGGCAUUGCUUGAACUGACCUUAGGAAUACUAACUUUCAAGGCAAUACAGAAAUCAAGCUACAACCCCAUGACACCGGCGUUUUAAUUUUGGCCAUUUGUGGCAUGAGAUGAGGUGUUUAAGGUGACCAUACUGUUUUCCUUACGUUUUCAUAAAAUUUUCUCAGCAAUUUGUUGUCUAAGCUUUCCACGGUUGUGUUCAAUACAGCGUACCUAUUCUUGUAAAUCCCAGUGCGUUCCAAUAAGUUGAAUUCGAAUGUUUUCUAACCUCUUACUUAGGGGGCUGAAGAAAAAGUAUAAGGUACGUACUAGUUGUUAUCUCAUGAAUCAUCAGAUAAUUUUUGCCAUCAGUCAGGUACCGACUGUUAUCCCCUUAAAGCAUGUGAAACUUAAUCCAAAUCGGUCCUCUUGAAACAGAACAGCACAUUUUGAUAUGGAGCCUAAGGUUGGCGAUAAUUAAUUGCGAUGGAAACACAAUUAAGUGACCGGGAAUCGUGAAUUGUAUGGGCAUCCACUGUCAUUUGCAGACAGUAUGUGGUCAGAAAAUGCUGGAUCUAGGCAUGUUUAGGUAUUGAAACUUUAAAAGUUCCAAGAAAGAGAUAGGUCAAGCGUGGGAAGAUUAUUUUUUCUGUUUUUUGGCACAUAAACUUGAUGGACCCCAUCUUACUGAAUGCCUAUUUCCAAUUAGGGCAGCAUUCACUGAUGCCUCCCUUUGUUAUCCUUGCUAUUAUUAUAUUUUCAGUAGUUUUGUGAAAAAAUAUAUUCCUAUUUUUACAAAAUUGAAAAAAAGAACCUAAACAGAUUUGAUAUGAGGCGGAAACAAAAAAGCAUCCUUUUUAUUGAAACAGUAGUUAAAUGAUUAGUCCACAAGAAAGAUUUCGAUUUAGUAAAAUUUUGUUUUUUUGCACCUACAAUUUAUGUGUGUUAUUCGGGGCGAUCGGCAAUCUAAACCACCCGCACCAGCCUAUUUUCAACGGCAAUUUGUCGUCCUACGAGUUCGAGAAAGAGAGGUCCAAUGAGGUAUAACCCCAAUAUCAAUUCUUUGCCCCAAUCUCAAUAAAUGGAACCUCUCAGAAGCCAGUUAUCGUAGUAAAAAAGUGGUAUGGUCAUUGAACUGGCUCGUCUGACUUGUGCGUCUCAAGUCUGUGAGGAUGGCUUGUGUACAGGAGCUCUGUCAAUGUUUGAUCAGAGACAGUCCAAAUCAUAAUUUGUGAGCUCUGUCAAUGUGUUGGUAAGAGAAAGUUUGGCUAUUGUAUUACGACUCGAAGACUUUUCUCCUCAUGAUGCCCUGCUGCAGCUGCUCUGUCCAUACCUGUUUUCCUGUGUAUGGAGGCUAGCAGCAUUACCUUUGAGCAACCCAUAGGAGAAUUCUGUUAUGGAAAUGAGGUUUCUGACAAUUAAAAGAUCAGAGGGUCAUUCAUGGAGUCAGCAUCUGUUUUUUUCUUAGUUACUUACUCAUUCUGUACUGGUUAUAUCUUUCUCAGCUAUUGUUUUUGAAACUUAGUCUUGAGCUCUGUGUUUCCUUUGACUUAUAUUUUUACUUGUAAAUACUGUAAAUAAUGAAUUCUUAUCAAUCAUGAACGAUAAACACUCUGAAUCUUUAUGUUUUUCUUGCGCCUAUAAGUGUACUUACCUACUCAAGAAUAUUCCAAGAGCUUUAUUUUUUACAUAUCAAUAUUUUUAAACUGUCAGUUUCAUCUUUGUAUCUUAUAGGUACUAUUUUCUUGUGUAAUAGAUUACCUACGUCUACGAGCAGCCCAUUCGGUUCUUUGUAAAAAUAAUUUUCAAGCCAUGUGUAACCUUAAAAGAGGUUGUUCGAAGAAACAGUCUUUUGCUACCCUCCCCUUAAUUGUGAACGAAACUUCCCUCAGUUUUUGUACUAACAUUGGUAGCUCCCCAGAUGUAACCGAGAUGGGUCAUUCCAUGUCAAUUUAUAAAAAUAAAUGUGGAAAUGGCACUCACCGA